AUGCCGGCUGAAAUAUCCAGAACGGAGCAGAAAUUAACAAGAAUAUUGUUGUGGCUUCUGCUAUGCGAGGCAAUUCGGGACAAGCAGCGACCAGUACUUCUCACAGUACAAGCAGCUACAAGGGCAUGGCAGGAAGCUGUGGAUCUGACGGCAAGUUCUAGGAGAAUCAACCAAUACACCUUUGCGGCAGAGAAAGCUCGACCUAAACUGGCCAAGAUCCAUACUUCUUCAACCAACCCGUCUGAAAAGAUUUUGGUUUUGCAUAUUAGUGUUGCACGUUCAGAUGGAAGGGUCCCCGUGUCUGUUUCCCUCGGUGCCUUCUCAUCAUCUCAUGUUCUUGAAAUUAUUCAAUCUUUAGUCAGCAAGUAG